UGUGUCGUGUGUCGUGUUUUCACACCGGUCACGAAGGCAGCAGAAUAACCGGCAACAGGCACCCAGGUAAAUUCUCAAAACGACACAACAACACCAACACAAACAAACCUAAAGAACCAAACUCUGACAAUGGUAUACGUCUCUGGAGACGGGACCGUCGGAGGGUCCAAGUCCAUCGGACGGUGGUUUUCCGACUUAUUUGCGGCAAUCUACAGCUUUUUUGCGCUCUUCUUUUCCAGUAUUAUGAACCCACCUACCAUUUCGGCAUCGUCUUCGAACCGCACGUAUGCACAGCGAAAUGGAGGUCGAAGCCACAACUAUGGAGGCGGCAACUCGGGUAACCGACUUGGUCGUGGAUCCAACGUUCGUGGGGUAGGGUCUCUUCAAUCCAACGCGGAGGCCAGAAUGGGAGGCGGGUGAGGUUAACUCCCGUGUCACUCUGGUCUUUCUUGUCUCUUGCUUCUACCGUACUCUGGCUAGUCAGUCAGUCAAUCAACAACAACUGCCUGGUUAGAGAGAACAAGUGGCUGGCCGGACAUGAUUGAAUUAUUCGAUUUCAAGACGAGGAAGGAAUCGAUUCAAUCAAUCUACCACCCACAACAAAAAGAGACAGGAAGAGUGACACCGACACGGAAGAAAGGAUACUGGUGUGGAUCACACGCAACCUGUUGUGUGUUCUGCAGAAUGAUGUCGUUCAAUUUUGCCAAACAAGAAACUCUCUUGUUCGGGGAAUGUUUGACUGAAAAACCAGAUUGCCUUUCUUCCAACCCAACCUACAAUACACAUACCCACACAACAAUUCACAAACAAACAAAAUGAAGACAGAAAAGGUUAAAAAUAUUCAAAGAAGUUACAAGAAUUCCACAUGACAACGUACAUAUCGGUUUUGUUUUGGUGUUGGUGCUUGUUUGG